UAAAAGAGCAAACAUCACAGUGUGUCUGUUUGUCACAUAUCCUAAAAACAUAUUCGGUUUGUCGCAAUUUUAGGAACUUAUCUCACAAAACUAAUUGCAUUUUUGUUUCUCACCCAUUUUUCCUUUAUCUUUUCCUUUGAAUUUUAUCAUUUGAUAAAGAUUUUUUCUUUUCUUUCCUGGGAUUUUUCUUUUCUCUGGGUUUUCAUUCUUUUCUCUCAACCAUUUGAAUUUUAGUUUUUUUUUUCCAUAAUUAAUUUGCAAGAUAAUAUUGUUGAUUUCAUCUCUUUUUUUAGAUUUUAAUUUUUUUUUUUCCCCAUGGUUGAGAAGAUAAUGAAAACAAUGUUGACCUGGGAAUCCCAGGAUUCAUUCAUGGUGAUGAUCCUUUUUGUUUAGCUUAUUCAAAACAAAACAAAAAAAAGAAGCAUUUUUUGAGAAGAUUAUGGGCUGCAUUUUUUCAAAAGAAGCCCAAGAAGAGAACAACAAUGACAAGGACAUUGAUAGCAACAGCAACAAAGACAGCGAAAAGAACAAUGGCAAUGGUGAUGUUUCAAUUGCUAAAGGUGAAAAGAAAUUGGUGAUUGAAGGGGGAUUAGUUUCUGCAGGGUGGCCUUCAUGGUUAGCUUCAGUUGCAGGUGAAGCUAUUGAUGGAUGGUUGCCUAGAAGGGUGGAAUCUUUUGAGAAGUUAGAUAAGGUUGGACAAGGAACUUAUAGCAGUGUAUAUAAGGCCCGUGACGUAGAAACAGGCAAAACCGUUGCCAUGAAGAAGGUCCGGUUUGUUAAUAUGGAUCCGCAUAGUGUUCGUUUUAUGGCUAGGGAAAUCAUUAUCUUAAGGAGGCUCGACCAUCCAAAUGUUAUGAAACUCGAGUGUAUAGUCACUUCAAGGAUGUCGAGCAGCUUGUAUCUUGUUUUCGAGUACAUGGAGCAUGAUCUUGCUGGGCUUGCAGCAACUCCUGGCAACAAGUUCACUGAACCGCAGAUUAAAUUUUACAUGCAACAGUUGUUCCGUGGCCUCGAACACUGCCAUAGCCGCAGUGUCCUGCAUAGAGACAUUAAGGGCUCAAAUCUUCUGGUAGACAACAAUGGAAUUCUUAAGAUUGCAGAUUUUGGUCUAGGUACGGUCUUUCAGGUUGGUCAAAAGCAGCCUUUAACAAGUCGAGUUGUAACACUUUGGUACAGGGCACCCGAGCUGUUGCUUGGGGAUACUGAAUAUGGAAUUGCGAUAGAUUUGUGGAGUACUGGUUGUAUACUUGCCGAAUUAUUUGCUGGGAAGCCGAUUAUGCCUGGAAGAACAGAGGUGGAGCAAAUGCAUAAGAUCUUUAAGCUCUGUGGUUCACCUAGUGAGGAGUAUUGGCAAAAAACAAAACUUCCACAUGCAACUAGUUUUAAACCGCAACAACCUUACAAGCGCCAUGUCACCGACAUGUUCAGAAACUUCCCACAAUCUGCCUUGUCUCUUGUCGAUAAACUCCUUUCAAUGGAACCGGAAGAUCGAGGAACUGCUGCUUCAGCACUUAACAGUGAGUUCUUCACAACGGAGCCUUUCCCUUGUGAUCCGUCUGAUCUACCAAAAUAUUCUCCAUGCAAAGAACUAGAUAUCAAACUUCGCGAUGAGGAAGCGAAAAGAAAAAGAACCGAGGCUGUAAAGGGACGAGGACCUGAAUCUGUUAGAAGAGGGACGUCAGAUUUUAAGGGAGUGCGGACUCUGGAAUUCAUUGAAGAAGGACAGUCAAAAAUACGAGCCGGUCAUAUUGAGGAUGGUGCCUCUGGCUUCCAUAUUGAUACACAUGAUGUCACUUUGCAAAACUGUUUAUCUCAAUCCUCUUCGAUGAUCCACCGUAAUGCGGUAGGAACAUGGAAAAAGUCAGUUCCUACACGAAAUAGUGUUGAUUUAAGACCACAACCUUCACUAAUGCCUCAAGCAACUAAAGCUUCCCAUAAGACACAGGAUACGGCAACUAACGAAGAUCCUACUUCAGUUCGUGCACUACGGAAAACCCGGAUCCACUGUUCUGGACCAUUGAUGCCUCCUGGGGGAAACAUUGAGGAUAUACUUAAAGAGCAUGAGAGACAUAUCCAGCAGGCUGUACGUAGAGCACGUCUUGAGAAGCCAUGAAACCAAUAAAAAAUUGCAACCUAGUAUUCUUAGCAGAAACAUAAUGGAAUAUUUGAACAAUGAUUCUUACAAAGGUUUGCUGUCUGCUUCCGUGUGGGAAGCUUGCUUCAAGGUUGUUUACUGGUUGCUUCCAUGUGGAAGGCUUGCUCCGAGGUUCUUUGCUCAUUGCUUCCUUGAAAAGACUUGCUCCGAAGUUAUUUGCUGGUUGCUUCAAGUCCAAGGUAUCCAAUUGUUAUCACAGGCAAAUGCAAGGUGCAAAAAGGCUACAAUAUAGUGAGAUUGAAAUGCUACACAAAUUUGAGGUCCUCGGAGUAUUUAAAAAGAUGGCAUACGUUUUCGCUUGAUAUUGCCUUUGCUUGAAGAUGCUAUCCGAUCCAAUGUCGUGAGAUGAACGAACGCUGGCAGAAAGGAUUUUGAGGAACAAGGUAGAAAGAUUAAGCUAAACUGAAAGAUACAACAUGGAAACGACUUCAAAGUUUCAAAGCAUACAAUGGAUUCAACAUUGUAAAACCCAAGGCGCAAACAUGAGAAUUUUAAAUCCCUACUUACGUUUUAAAAAUUUUACUGAUUUAAAAUUUUCAGAUCAUGGUUUCUGGUUUGGGUCAUUUUUCGAAUUUGGAUGAUUGACAUUUUUAAUCGAGUUUGAGUUCAAAUUAAUCGAAUUUGUGUUGUCUCCAAUAA